AUGUCUCAAAUUUGGCCAAAACUGAAGUCUUCUUCUUCGGAUAAGGAAUACAAUGCUCAACACGGAAGAUGUUUCGACGGAAAAUGCCACUGUGUUGGAACUCAUGUUGGAGACGGCAUCCAAUGCAGAGCACCUCUUCAUGAAUGCAACGAAGACAUAAACUGUGAUAAGCGAGCAAAGUGCGAUGAAGGAUAAUGUAUAUGUCAAGGGAAAAUGACAACUAAAGAGUGACUAGCAUAUAUUUUAGUUUCCCUUCCAUGUUCACCGGACUAUCAAUGCCGCAAUGGCGGAAUGUGUGUUGUGUAUCCCUUAUUUUCCAGCCAACAUAAAUGCGGUUGUAACAAUGGGUUCAUCAAAGCUAAGAACGGCACAUGUACAGGUAGGCUGUGCCUCAUCCAUAACGACUGUGAUCAGAAUUUGUCAAAGUGCGUCAGGGGGAUGUGCAGAUGUAAGGACGAGCUAAUCAAAGAGGGCAACACUUAUAAACACGAUGAGAAAUAUGACGAAACAAUUUUGUUGCCAGGAAAACACAUCAUUUCUUUAUGUGCAGAUAUUGAUGAGUGUAAUUAUAAAGACAUUUGCACUAUGAAUUCUACCUGUACAAACUCCAUAGGCAGUAAUAGAUGUUGUAUGCUGCUAAAUGAAACUGAGAAGUGUGAGGAUAAGUAUUGUUUGGAGGUACCAGGGGUGGGUUACAAACUCCAUAGGCAGUUAUGUACACAAAGAUAUAAAUACUCUGUUCUUUAUGCAGGUGCAAAUAAACCAAGCCAUAUGAAAACCAACUCAUCCAGGUCUCUCAGCACCACUGGUGGCAUGAUCCUUUUCAUACUAGCCCUUCUGGGUAACUGUGCCUUUGAUUAAUGUUGCAAGAUUUUGGCACCACAUCUACUGUUUUCUGCAUCUCUUCUUAAUUUUCUUCCCUUUCUUCAACAAGUAAGAAAAGAAUAUAAAUUUGUUUCAUCAACAGUAACAGAUUGUAUGCUGUGCUUUACAUCUUUAAUCCUGUGUUUCACCCCUCUCUUACAGCAGUAAACAGUGACAUUCAUAUGCAUGGCUAUUAAACUAAAAAUCAGUUUUGUAAACAAAGUGAAUAAACCUGAAAAAGCACAAUUCUCUUAGCAAUGGACUUAUAGUCAAUACUUGGAUGGAUUCUCUUGCAGUCAGACAUCGAAGAGUUGAUUAACAGUAAUAAUAAUUGAGCCAUGAGGGUGUAAUUUGAUCUGAAAACAAAUGCACAACAUAAGAAUUCAACAACUGUGCAACAGUUCAGUUCUAUUUUAAAUCACAAGUUUGAUUUUAGAAGAAUUCAACUUCAUAACACAAAGAUCAACUGCCACUUACAGCUGCUACAACCAUUUUGAAAAGACACAAAUUGAUGAAGCAGAGGAUUUUGGUCAGUAUCCGAUGAUUAUUCCAUUGAUCCAGAAGCA